AUGUGGACCAACAAGAACAUCUCGAGCCUGCAGAAGACAUACGACGAGAGCUACCUGAAGUGCUCGACAGCGGUAUAUUAUGAGGGCCAGGGUGACGAGAAGGAGGCGAUGCUAUGUUGGAGGAACGCCCUCGACCAGAUACGUCUAAACCCUGCGAAUAGGAGACAGUCCAGCUACUCCCCCAAGUCCGAGACCGAACGCGCCCUGUUGGAGAGCUUGCGAGAGUUGGAAGUGCAGUGCAAGGAGCGCAUCGACCUGCUUGAGGCCCUCCGCCUGUCGCGAGAGGACGACAGAACGCUGGAGGGAAGCUCGUCAAGGCCUGGUCUCAAAGAGGGCCCCGAAGGCCGUUCGUACUCCAACACUCCGGAGAAAGGAUGGAUUGGCGAUGGGACUAUACCUGCUAUAACAUAUCCAGAACUGUCUAAGCCACCCCUGCCGAAACGACCCUCGUUCCCCUCUAGGAGUUCUUCCGAGCUGGCUGUUGUGGGUGGCCACGGCACGACUUCAGACUAUGUGCCGUCCUCCUCGGCUGCGAGAUUACCCUCACUGCCCCCGUACGGAGUGACUGCUGGCAUGUCUGGCGUGAAACAGAAGACAACAAGGUCACCUAGUCCCGACAAACGUACUAUGCGAACAACGCUCCGAUCUGGUAGAUUCGAGAAACCCUCCAAGUCACAGUUACCCCGCUCGACACCCACAACAAGAAUAAGUAAAGGCCCAGGUGCAAGCAAAGCAGCUACGUUGGCUUGGAGUAACCUUGGGUCGAAAGAAAGCGUGGAAAAGGCGCUCGCUGUGGACACAAGUGGUCCGUCAUCAAAGCUCCCGGAGUCACGUCACUCCUACGAACAACUCCGAAAGGGCUCAGCUCUGCAGCAGGGCCGUUGGGAUAGUCACACAAGGAGACUGAUAAUAUCGCCAGAAACUCCUCCAGUGGGAACUCCCGAUGCUUGCUCGGACCCGGAAUCUCCCAUGCGAACCUCAAUGGAUUACAUGGGGAAUGGGCCAUCUCCACUUGCACUAGGUGCUGCUUCGAGUGCCUUGAACUCGCUCUCCAUACAGGGAAAGAGAGAACCUAGCCCGGCAGGAAAACGACCAUCAAUACCAAUGUCUGCAAGGAGAGCCGGCUCAACACAGGACGAGCCAGGCAGUACUAGAGUUCCUGGCUCCGGACCUUCCAACUCUGGGGCCUUCAGGAGGAAACCUAUUGAGCGCUCUCGAACACCCGAGCCAAAUAGUGCCAAGAAACGAGUUGGACGAGACCAUGAGAGGAAGAGCGAAUCCAAGUCAGCUUCAUCCGAUGAAGAGCACCAGAAGAGCUCCUCGCGACGAAGAAAACUCAAAGGGAAGCAGAAAGAGUCUCCAGUGCCUGCUGAUGCCGAAGUACAAUCCUCGGAAGAUUCAAAAGAUGAAGAGAUAAGCAAGUCCAAGAGUGAAUGGGAGAAGAAGAAGAGAACAAUACUCAAUAACCUCCCACCAGGCGUUGACGAUGCAGCAGCGAAGGCCAUAUUCAACGAGAUUGUCGUUCAGGGUGAUGAGGUUCGCUGGAGCGAUGUUGCGGGCUUGGAGAUUGCCAAGAAUGCUCUGAGAGAGGCUGUCGUGUACCCCUUCCUGCGGCCCGACUUGUUCAUGGGCCUUCGUGAACCAGCGAGGGGCAUGCUGCUCUUUGGGCCCCCCGGAACCGGAAAGACAAUGUUGGCUCGGGCGGUGGCAACAGAAUCACGAUCUACCUUCUUCUCCAUUUCAGCCAGCAGCCUGACCAGCAAGUAUCUAGGAGAGUCUGAGAAGCUCGUCCGCGCCUUAUUUGGCUUGGCAAAGGUGAUGGCACCCAGUAUCAUAUUUGUUGACGAAAUAGAUUCGUUGCUGUCUCAGCGAUCUGGGUCGGGAGAGCACGAAGCCACUCGAAGAAUCAAGACAGAAUUCCUGAUCCAAUGGAGCGAUCUACAGAGAGCCGCUGCAGGACGCGAGAGCCCCGGGGGGCCAGGAGACAAAGGUGAUGCGAAUCGGGUUCUCGUCUUGGCGGCCACCAACCUGCCAUGGGCCAUUGACGAAGCAGCCAGGCGUCGUUUCGUACGGCGUCAAUAUAUUCCUCUACCUGAGGCGCCAACCCGAGCUACGCAGUUGAAUACACUUCUGGGCCAGCAGAAACAUAAUCUUACAGACUCGGAUAUUGCGGAACUGGUGGGCUUGACAGAAGGCUUCUCUGGCUCUGAUAUCACUGCGCUGGCCAAGGAUGCCGCCAUGGGACCCCUUCGCUCGCUUGGCGAGGCGCUCCUCCAUAUGACUAUGGACCAGAUCCGACCUAUAGAGCUUUGCGACUUUAAGUCCAGCCUCCAGACCAUCCGCCCCAGUGUCAGCAAGGACGGUUUGAAGGAGUACGAAGACUGGGCAAGGCAAUUUGGUGAGCGCGGAGGGUGA